AUGUGAGUUCAGUUGAAAAAUGUUAUAGUAAGUGUAUCAGCAAUAGAACCGAGCAACAGAAUCACAUGUAUUGGAAAAACUAUUCAGCAACUAGCACAAAAUUUGCUUCUUUUAUUUAUUUGCUUUUUGUGGCAUAAAAGACUGACGUUAAGUUUGUUUCGUAUCGGUUUCGAAGCAAACGAUAAUAAUUAAAAUAAAUACAAAUAUUGAUUAAAUAUUAAAUAACUGGAAAUAAUAAAUGUGUAUUUCUCUGGAACAUACUUGUUACUGAAGACAUUUAACAUGUUUUAAACUCUAGUCUGACGAAUACAUUAUUGGUAAAAUUUCAUCGAAAUAUUUCGAACUUAUGUGACAUGCGGAGUUACGCAAUAUAUAACCGUUUUCACAAGUACUACAUCGUGUUUCCACUUAUUAUUUACGCAUGCCUAAUGUACAGAAUGCUAGAAAAUACCUGCGGGAAAAAGAAAAUGGCCUUUGACGAAACAUCAUACAAAAGUUAUAACGAUCCUACUUCCAGGAAAAUAAUGCAGCUAUAUGGUAAUGGAACAGAAAAGUUGUUUGAAAUAGUUCAAGAUUAUAGGUAUAUCGAACAAAAAAAGAAAGAAGUGUUUCAAUCUUUAAAGCAGUUCAUAUCAAGGGCUGACUUUGACAUAUCAAGGGAAAACAGUCUCAAUGAAAUCCUGUCUCUUAUCAACCGCAAAGAUCAAAGUAACAUUAGAAAAACACGAAGUACGGUAAAUAAUGAAGACACAUCAUAUUACAUUAAACGUCCAAUUUAUAUGAUUAACUGUUCGAAUAUUCACGAAAUAAAGUUAAAAAACAAGAUAGGGCACGGGGUCUCGAAACAGACGUUUGAAGGUGAAUUUAAUGGAAUUCCGGUUGCAGUUAAGAUGGUAACAAGACAUCAAAGCGAAGUAAAAGCAUGUGUAAAUAAGAUAAAUGAAGGACACGAAAAAAAAGAAGAAUUAAGAUCGAGAUGCUUUGUUUUCCCAACAAUGAAACUUAUGAAAGAAAUUUUAUUACUUGAACAGAUAUCGCAUCCUGGAUUUGCUAAACUGUUAGGAUAUUGUGUGCGAAACGAAGACAGUGAAACAACAGAUCUAACAGAACGAGGAAUUGCAAGCGUUUUUGAACUUGGUGAACGUGUUAUGGUUUAUAAUUUACAAACAUUAACGUGGCAGAAUAGAUUAAGACUAGGACAAGAACUUGCUGAUUUUCUUAACUACCUCGAAUAUUCACCCCUUGGGUCAUUGAGAAUCAGGGAUUUUAAGGAAGAGCAUUUCCUUCUUUACAAUAACAGUUUGAAAAUGAUUGAUUUGGACGAUGUAGAUAAUUUAGAACCUGUAUGCAGUAUUUAUGUGAGCGCCGAUACUCAAGCUGAAUUAGCAAAAAGUGGUAAAUCAAACGGCUGUGGAUUCAAUUUAACAUGCCAAAGAGGGUUGUGUGCUGGGUUCAAUGCAAAACAAAACAUGAAGUUCAUGAACCAGCUGUUUUUCAAGAAAUUGUUAUAUCCUACAAUAUUUCCAAAACUUAUUUCACAAGAAAUGGGAUUUCUACUUGCUGAUAUUGAUAGUUAUAGAGUAACGGGAGCAGGUAUUGCACAAAAGCUUCUAAAAUUACGGGACAUUUUGCAGUAAAUUCGGCAAUCUCCAGGAACCCCCUAUACUUAUCACCGUCUACAAAUACAGUAAUGGAAUGAGCCUACUAUACCCCGGUGGCUUAUCUAGUAUAUAACCGUAAAAUUUAACAAGAACCACUAGACUUUUUGCAUUUGCUUUUUCUUAAAGCAAACAAAUAAAAAAAUCUUUAAAAGAAUAUUAAAGAAAA